AUGUAUGGUUCAAGUUCAACUUUCUCCAAAGAUGACCAUGUCAUCUCAAUCCCCAGCACCAAAAAAAGGACGGCUGCAGUUAUUGAAGAAGUCGCCCAACGGGAUCCAAAGCUUGCGAAAAGGAUUAUUACUAACCGGAGGUCGGCUAUGAAGUCAAAGCAAAGGAAGAAGGUGUACGUUCAGACGCUUGAAUGCAACAUACAAAAGUUGCAGUUUGAAGCAGCUGCUCUGAUUGCUCAGUUGGAACUAUGGAAGGAAGACACCCGUUGCAUAACUGUAGACAACAAUAGAUUGAAAGGAUGUCUACACAAUAUUUUGGAAGAUAUUCAAUUGCAAGACAGUAAGGACUUUUCCCUAGUUUUCUUCUAG